CUGCAUGAAGCUUUGUGUGACUUUUCUUCAGCUCCAUUCAAGGACAGACACAGAGACAGAGUGCAUUAUUCACACCCCUCAACUACUUGUUUGUCAUCCUCUCCUUUCCAACCACAUAUUUGAAGAGCAGAAAGAAAAGGGUGGUAAUUUAAAACUAGAUUAUUACUUGUUGGGGUAAAAAGUACUACUUGUUCAUAGAUGAAUCCAACUGCAAACCUCUACUAAAUCGAAUAUAUCUCAAAUUCUGCUACCUAGCUUGCUUGCCCCACUGAGUCACUGCUGGAUGGCACAUUCAUUCUAAUGGUGAAAAGAGAUGUUUUUUGAAGUAUAAUCUCCUGGAUAAUUCGAUGCUGCAUUUCAAGUCUUGAGAGUGGAGUUUGUUUUGCCUAUCAUUGUUUUCAUUGUCUACCAAUCAAGACUUCCAAGAUUGGCUCACAACUUGCCUGCUGCUAAUUGGUGAAGCUAUAUACAAUUUCGUAUUAACCAUGUUGAAGCAAUCACCCAGUAGAAACCAGAGGGUAAAAGGCUUCAAGGUAAAGCAUGCUGUUCAGAUAUCUUUGUUGCUUGCUAUUUGCAUCUGGCUGGUUUACCAACUCAAUCACUCCCAUGGUAAAAAAGCACUUGAAGUCAGCUCUGCAGAGAAGAUAUCAGGGGAGGUGCAAAAUGAGCAUGGAGUACUAGAACUUGGGAGACGGGGCCUCCGUCCUCAUGUGGAAGAAACUUCGAUGGAUGUUGGAAGGCAUAGGGAAAAAGAGGAAGAAUCAGAAGAAGAGGCAGAUGAGACUAAAGCUGAAGAAAGUGAGGAGGAAGGAAGAGGCGGUGAAGAUGAAGUUGACGGGCAUGAUCAAGAGAAAUCCGAGGAAGAAUCUGAGGGGGUAGAGGAUUUGAUUGAUGAAGAUGAUACGGAGAGAGAAGAAGAAAGUGAAGAACAAGAGAGUGAAGAGCAAGGAAAUGAUUUGGAGGAUCAAGUUCAAAAUAGAGAUACAAGGUAUAGCCAAGAUGCAAGAGAGGAGCAAUACAAGGGUGAUGAUGCAUCCAGUGCUGUGAAGCAGAACAUCCGCACUAUAAGCAACCAAAUCGAAAUUGGAAGCUUGAGAAGAGUGAAGGAAGAAGAGGUAGACACUGCAGAAAAUAUUGAUUUAGAGAAAGAUAAUAAAGCCACUGGUGAAACAAAAGGUAAUCAGUUUGGUUCAGUCAAGAUAGAUGGUCAAACAGAUGCUGGUUCAUCAACCACUACAAGUGAAAAACCAAAAAGGAGCACUGGUUCUCUUUAUGGAACAGAGAUGCUACUUAAGUUAUAUUAUGAUUCAAUCUAACUUCUAGCCAAAGGCACUCAUACUUGGAGAAUUUUUAGAGGCAGCUAUAUAUAUGAAUCCCCUAGGCCAGUUAUAUGCAAUAUUCAGGUUCCACCACUCCUAAUUUAGAUGCAGCCAACCUAGAAAUAGUAUCUACUGAAAAUAUUUUACCAGAAGCAAUUGGAAAGCACUGGUAAUGGUAACGACAAUGCAGUUGCUAAUCGGAAAUCUAAUGCGUAUGUUAGGUUGGAGAGUGCACAAGGAAGAUGAUGAAACUGUUCGGAUUCUUCAUUCUACAAGAAGAUGGAUAUGAUCAGCCAAUCUUGGGAGACUCAAGAAUGGCAUGCCCAAAAUAAACUAGGUUGAAGAUGCCAGCUGAGUGAUUGUUACUGGUAAACUGCUGAGUUUCACCUUGGAUAUUCACUUUUUAUAGCAUAAAUGAGGGUAAGGUAGAUGAACAUUAAUUGUAUACAUGUUUUUCCACUAAGCUUGGAUGACUAUAUAUAUUUUCUUGGUCUGAAGUUCUUAUGAUAUAAAGCCAUGCAUAUGGCAUUAAAAUAAGCAAUUUUUUUUUUAU